CUUCCUUAACCGUUAUUUUCACAAGCAUAGUUUCCUAUGAAAGACGACUUUCAAAGAAUCGUCAAGUUGCAGAUAAGAAAAUUUGGUGGAGCUAAGAACCCUAGUAGAUGGGGAGAGGAAAGAUUCCCAUUCAAAGAAUCGAAAAUUCGACGAACCGGCAAGUAACGUUCUGUAAGAGAAGAAAUGGAUUGAUGAAGAAAACUAGAGAACUAUCUAUUCUCUGUGAUGCUGAAGUUGGAGUCAUUGUGUUUUCCUCCACGGGCAAACUUUAUGAGUAUUCAAACACCAGCAUGAAAUCAAUCAUUGAUCGCUUUAACAAGCUCAACGAGGACCAUGGUUGGCUAAUGGAUCCUGCUUCAUCUGUCAAGUUUUGGCAGAGAGAAGCAGCAUGCUUAAGGCAACAACUAGAACGUUUGCAAGAAAGCAACAGCCAACUGAUGGGUGAAGAACUUUCUGAUUUGAAUAUCAAUCAGCUAAAGGAUCUGGAAAAUAAACUCCAAAUUGGUUUGAGUAAUGUUAAAACAAAAAAGGAUCAAAUGCUUAAAGAUGAGAUCAAAGUAUUGCAACAAAAGGGAAUCCUCAUUCAUCAACAAAAUGAAGAACUUCGUACGAAGAUAAACCUUUUACAUGAAAAUAAUGCAGAACUACAGAAGGUUAUUGAAGCAAGGGAUAUGGAAAAAGAAAAGGCAACAUGCUAUCAGCAAUGGAUAUGAUACACUUGAACCUAUCAGUUAGCAACAAAGCCACCUUCAGCCUCAACAAAAGAGGAACAAUGAUUAUGGGGUAUUCCCUCAAACUGAUGUAGUAAAUUGUAGAGGAACAAUUAGUUGCUUUUUCCUAAAAAAUGUAAGAAAUAUUUUAAAAAAAUAAGCUAUUAUUCUCUGAAUAUAAACUGUACUAAACAUGUUGU